GCAGAGACCCCCGGAUCGGGAUCGGCACCGGGGCCGUGCGGAGAGCCCCGGGAUCGGCACCGGCACCGGACCCUGCAGAGACCCUCGGGAUCGGUACCGCGGCCGUGCAGUGACCCCCGGGACCGCCGAGACAGCCCCGGCACCGGCACCGGGACAGCCGAGACUCCCCCCCGGCACCCGGACCGGCCCGGGAGCGGCCCCUGCGCCAUGGCGGGCGGCAGAACGGGGCCCCGGCGGCGGCCCAUGACCUUGGCCGAGGCGGGUCCGGGCACCGAGAACGAGCGGCUGGGGCUGGUCCGGCUCAGCAUGCUGCGCAACCCGCUCAUCAUCAAGCCAGAACUUGGAAAGCCCAUGAGAAACUGCUACUCCCUGCCAGGCCCUGAUUUUACCUAUGGGAUGUACAUGCACAAGAGAGAUGGAGGAGUCGCUGAAGCCAUAGGCCACUGGGACUCAGUGAAGGCCAAGGCCCACCCUCGGAAGAGGCUCAUGCCCCGGGAUUUCGUGGCCAUGGGCCGUGGAGCUGUGGAUGAAGGCUGCACCACAGCCAGGGACUUUGCUCUCUACUAUGGCUACAUGGACAUCCGCUGCAAGGACAAGGGCAUCCUCAGACAUGGGGGCAAGGCACCCCCAGGCAUGACCUUUGGCAAGCCACCACGGCCUUCCACUCCCUUGUUUGACCUCAUGCAACACAGAUACAAGGAACUGUGGAUGGAGGAACAGAGAGCCCGGACUAGAGUCCAGUACAUGGUGAAGAAAAAGAUGGGCGAGGUGCGCGAGAACCGCACCACGUUCCUGCGCACGCACCCGCUGCCCGUGAAGGAGGAGUCCUUCUGGCACCCACGGCGCUUUGAGAAGGAGCCGAGGCCGCUGCUGGCGCACUAA